AAUUGUACAGCGUCACAGGUGUGCGUUUUUGCAGAGGCCUCGAGCUCAGUUCAGCCAAUCAGAAGCGUUUAUCGAAACUCCUGGUUGCACCCAAUUUUGCUACCGAUUUUAUUCGCAGUGGGACUUUAGGACUCACCUGCGACCCUGAGACAACAUGGGGAGGCUGAAUUUUUAUGUGCUUUGGUCCCUGCGUGACGCUCCCCGCCAGUUCAUCAGCAAAUCCAACCGAAGGUGCUUUCAAGUCCACGUCCCGCUGCCUCUGCCCAAACAGCUGGUCAUCUUUGGUCUUGGAGAGUGGGAAGGCAGGGACACUACAAUCUCGGUCGAGGUUCUGGUCAGUGCAGAGGUACAGGCCCAGAAAAUAGGGACUCUGUCGUCUCAAGCAAGGUGCCUGACCUGGGAGGGCGUCUGGCAUACAGACAUUGCCACAGUGGCAGCAGAGAGGGGCAGGAGAGGAGUUUAUGGCAAGAUUGUGCUUACAGUAUGUGGAGAGCCACAGGAUGAGGCCAGUGUCUUCAGCAGUACUCCUCUGGUUCAAAGGAAAUGUCUGUUCCCAGAGCAGCACAACGCAACUGAUCUCGGCAGCACAGUACACCAAAGUGCUGAAAAUGAAACGAUAACUCCAAACUCCUCUCACUUGGGCGAUAGUGUUUGCUUUGCUGAGAUCCAAGUGAAUAAAAUUGACACCAGUGAUUCCACUGUGGGAAAUAAACCCCCUGUUUGGCCUACGGACAAGACACCCAGGCGGACAGUUAUCAGCAAAAGAGGCCACCUGACAUGGAGCUCUGAGGACAUGGACAGUCUCGCUGAGGACAUAGACCAGGCUUCAACCCCUAAGAAGAAGAGGCUGUCCAGGAUGAACAGCCAAGAAGAAAUGACAGUGCACAUAAAGAAUGAGAACAGAGAAGUUUCAGCGUGUCCAUCGAAGCGUUGGAGCCACACGAUGUGUCUGAGUGACCCUGACACUGCUGUCCUCAUCGGUGGGGAGAUGGCAGAUCAAAACUACUGCAAGGACUCCCUGUGGAAGCUUGAGUUAGACAGCGACUUCUGGUUCCCCAUGAACUCCUCUGCUUCUGGACCUGUACCGCUGUGUGCCCGAGGACACUCCGCAACCUAUGACCCAGACUCCAAGUCAGUCUUUGUUUACGGUGGCCUGAGGGAGGGUCAGCGCUUCAGCGAGAUGUACAUCCUUAAUACUCUGACCUGGAAGUGGAAGCUUGUCACUGCAAAAGGGAAUGUUCCGACUUUGGCGUAUCACUCUGCGGCGUUUUAUAAGAAAGAGCUUUUUGUCUUCGGUGGAGUCCAGCCAAGCCAUUCCUCUGGGGAUAAAUCCUGCAGUAAUGCUUUGUACAUCUUCAACCCAGAGUUUGAACUCUGGUACCAGCCCAUUGUGGAGGGGGACAGACCUCUGCCUCGAUUUGGGCACUCAGCCACACUCCUCUCACAGAGGUUGAUUAUAUUUGGUGGUCGGAAAACUGCAGCCUACCUUAAUGACCUCCACAUCCUAGAUCUGGGAUUCAUGGAGUACACAGCUGUGAAGUGUGGGAACAUGCCACCGCUGCCUCGAGGGUUUCAUGGAGCGCUCCCAGUUUCAGACAACAGGAUUUUAGUCAGUGGGGGCUGCAGUGCAAUUGGGGCCCUACAAGACGUACAUAUCUUCAGCACUGAUACCAACAUGUGGAGCUCGGUGUCAUCUCCUGUGCUUUGCUCCAAGCCUCGUGCUGGACACAGCAUUAUCAGUUUGGGCUGCUCCAUCCUAACGGACACUGAGAAGCACGAACAGGGUGAAAACAUCAAAGUCCACUGCACGUUGCUGGUGUUUGGUGGGUCAGACUGCUCUGGCACCUUCUACAACGACACAGUCAAGUGCACAGUGGAGGUUCCUGGUGACAAGUGAUUUUUUUUUUUUUCAGCAAAGAAAUCCAAGCAGGACAAUUGUUUUUCUAGUCUUUAAACAAUGGAGUGAUGCUGGCUCUAGUAUCUCCAAGUAUAUUUGUCUUAAGUUAUUUUUCUACUUGGCUGUCUUUCCUCAUGUGCUAUGUAAAUGUUAUGAUGUAUUUAGCAGCUUAGACUUUUCUGUAGCUUCCUUUUUGUUCCUUUUAUUUUAGAAGUCUCUUCAAUAAUAAUCCAUACUUCCACCAUACAGACAAUAUGGUGGAAGUGGUGGGUACUUUGCAUAACAAAUCCCUGAUCUGCAUGUUUACACAUGACUUCAUGUCUUUUACCUCUACCCCACAUAGGACUACAUACUGGACAGUAAAGUGCUGAACUGGGCAAAAUGGAUACAAUUAAAAUUUAUAUCAAAAUG